AUGGGCGGGUUCAAUGUUCUUCUCAAUAUUAAUAGUGGCUUUCGGUUUACUCGAAAUGAUAACCGCCCAAUCAAUGUUAUCUCUUACUCCAUGUGGACAUUGAAGACUGUGUGCGUUACUGGAGCUGCAGGCUAUAUCGGUUCAUGGCUCGUCCGCAAGCUUUUGCAGAGGGGUUAUGUCGUUCAUGCUACUCUCAGGAAUUUAGGUGAUGAAUCGAAAGUGGAGAUGUUGAAGAAACAGGAGGGUGCGGAUGAACGGCUGAGAUUAUUUGAGGCAGACUUGUAUGAUGCGGAUAAGUUUGAUUUGGCUGUCAAUGGAUGCGAUUUUGUACUCCUCGUCGCCACGCCUUUGCUGCAUAACCCUAAUUCUCAGUAUAAGAACACAACAGAGGCUUCAUUAGCUGCCCUGCACAACAUAAUCAGUGCUUGUGAGAGAUCCAAGACAGUAAAGCGAGUUAUAUACACAGCUUCUGUCAUGUCUGCUUCUCCAAGGAAGGAAGAUGAUUUUAGCUUUAAGAGCAGUCUAGAUGAAUCUUGUUGGACUCCCCUCCAAUGUCCUUUUGCUAAUGAGGAAGAAUUCUCUCAGGAUUACAUUAGGUCAAAGACAAUAACAGAGAAGGAAUUCUUGGCCUAUCACACAAAAAGCGAGAAAAGAAGAAUGGAAGUGGUGAGCUUGGUUUGUGCCCUUGUUGGAGGGGAUGGAAUUCUACAAUAUCUGCCUGGCAGUGUUACUGCUAUCAUCUCUCCCUUGAGUUGUGACCAUAAGCGUCAAUAUAAGAUGUUGAAACUGUUGCAGGAAACGUUGGGCUCAAUACCUUUGGUUCACAUCGAUGAUGUUUGUGAGGCUCAUAUUUUCUGCAUGGAAAAUGAAUUAAAUUCUAAUAGAUUUCUGUGUGUUAGCCACUGGCCAGUCAUGCAGGAGAUUGUUGACUACUACGAGCUCAAGUUUCCUCAUGCUCAAGUACUCAAAGAGGUUGAAGGUGGAAAAAUUGGUAUUCCAUGCAAUUCUACAAAGUUAUUGGACCUUGGUUUCAAAUAUAAGUAUAGUAUGGAGGAGAUAAUUGAUGGUAGUGUUGCAUAUGCGACGAAGAUGGGUAGGCUUUCAAACUUAUGGUUUAGAAAAUAA